CCGGAAGUGUGAAGGCGUUUCUGUUCCGCUUGACGUCGGAGGUGUUCGUGCUUCAUCGGCGGCGAGGAGGACGCUCUCAGAGCGAAGGGGAGGACGGAUCGGGCGGCGGAGACUUGAGGACAUGCGGCGUCUUCUACAAACUUUUCCGCGAACCCAGACUUUUCCCGGAGCCGAAGAAGGAGGCGAGCCGCGGAGAAUGAACUGAACCGAGGCGGAGAGGAAGCGGCGAGGAGCGGAGGAGAAGGGAGAGAAAGGAAAGGGAGAGGAGCUGUUCACUCCCAUUGAUCCUUUAUCGAGAGUUUCCCGCUGUGACGAUGCAGGCUGCUAUUCUGACUGUGCUGAGUGUUUUCCUCAGCCUGGACUCUCUGUCGGCUCACCGGUCCAAACCAAACCAGAUACGGGAGCCGGACGAAAGCAACGGUCAGAACGACGAGGCGGCACAGAAGAAGAAGAACCAGCCGCACAUCAUAUUUAUCCUCACCGACGAUCAGGGCUUCAACGACAUUGGCUACCACAAUCCGACCAUCAAGACUCCAACUCUGGACAAACUGGCGGCGGAGGGCGUGACGUUGGAAAACUACUAUGUCCAACCCAUCUGCACCCCGUCACGCAGCCAGCUCAUCACCGGCAGAUAUCAGAUCCACACAGGGUUACAGCACUCCAUCAUCAGACCCAGCCAGCCCAGCUGUUUGCCAUUUCACAUGGACACGUUGCCCGAGAGGCUGCGUGAGGCCGGCUACUCCACACAUAUGGUGGGCAAGUGGCACCUGGGCUUCUACAGGAAAGCAUGUCUGCCCACCAGAAAAGGGUUUGACAGUUUCUUUGGCUCUUUAACCGGAAGUGUGGAUUACUACAGUUACGGGUCAUGUGACGGGCCGGGGUUGUGCGGGUACGACCUCCACGAGGGCGAGGGCGUAGCGUGGGGCCACGAGGGAAAAUACUCCACCACGCUCUUCACGCAGAGAGCUCGAAAGAUCCUCGAGACCCACAAGCCCUCAGAGAGGCCUCUCUUCCUGCUGCUCUCCCUCCAGGCGGUCCACACUCCUCUACAGCCUCCCAAGUCCUACAUCUACCCUUACCGAGACAUGGCCAAUGUUGCCAGGAGAAAGUUUGCUGCUAUGGUUUCCACCGUGGACGAGGCGGUCCGAAACGUCACCUACGCCCUCAGGAAGUACGGAUACUACCGAAACAGCGUGAUCAUCUACUCCACUGACAACGGAGCCCAGCCGUUCACAGGCGGGAGCAACUGGCCGCUGCGAGGCCGUAAGGGGACGUAUUGGGAAGGCGGAGUCCGUGGAGUGGCGUUCGUACACAGUCCUCUGCUGAGACGCAGGAGACGAGUCUCUAAAGCUCUCCUCCACAUCACUGACUGGUUCCCCACUCUGGUGGGUCUGGCCGGGGGAAACAUCACCCAGAGCCACGGCUUGGACGGUUUCGAUGUUUGGCCGACCAUCAGCGAAGGUAAGGAGUCUCCUCGCAAGGAGAUCCUUCACAACAUCGACCCUCUGCACAGACUUCCUUCUGAAACCCCAGCGGGGAAGAAGACAGCCUCAGGGGGCUUGUCUGUGAAACCGUUCAAAGACAAAGCAUUUAAGAAGCCAAAGAAGAAGAAGGUUCUGAAGCAGAAACCCAAACAAAAGUCGAUGUUGAAAUUAAAAACCACUAAGAAACCUCAGACGUUUUCCCGUCACGCUGCCAAGCCUAAAUCUGUACCUCUGACCAAACCCAAGCUUAAGCCCCUCCCAAAAUCAAAGGCUGCACCGAAACCCAAGACCAAAGACGACGCUCGGCACCACAGCCUACAUCUGAAGAUCCACUCCAGCGGUGCUCCAUCAGUGUCAGGAACAUCCCGCCCCGGAUACCAGCCUCAGAGCAAAUCACGCGUCAAGACAAAGUCCAGAAGGACCGCAUCCCAGAACCAGACCAUGUCACGGUCAGGACCACUCAAAGCACAUUUAAAGUCAGAGCAGACCUUAGACCAGUACCAGAACAUGUCCCAGUCAGGAGCACCAAUGCCCAAAUCCCAUCCAACCCCGGAGCUGAAGCCAUCAGAGCCAGUGUGGGACACAUCCGUCCAGGCGGCCAUCAGAGUUGGAGACUGGAAGCUACUAACCGGAGAUCCAGGCCACGGGGACUGGGUUCCCCCACAGGUGCUUCCCACUCUCACCGGUCGCUGGUGGAACCUUGAACGGGCCUCACUGACAUUCUCCAAAUCCACCACCCACAAAAACGUCUGGCUGUUCAACAUCUCCGCCGACCCCUACGAGCGGCAGGACAUGGCCGACCACAGGCCAGAUGUGGUGCAACAGCUGCUGGGCCGGCUCGCCUACUACAACCGGACAGCCGUGCCGGUUUACUUCCCUCCCGACGACCCCCGGGCCAACCCUAAUCAGAACGGAGGAGUUUGGGUGCCCUGGGUGCACGGAGAGGAGGACGAGGAGGCCAAAUAUCACGGAGUGUACAAGAAAGUUAAGAACAGCAAAAAGAAGAGGAAGAAGAAGAAGUGUCGACUGUGCAAGCUGAAGUCGUUCUUCAUGAAACUGAACACAGGGAUGAUGUCCAAUCGCAUCUGACAUGUCGGAUCAGCCGUGAAACUGAUGUCAGAGACUCCAAACUUUGAAACGUUGUUUGUGGUUUUCAUACGGUCACAUCUUUACGUUCUUAAAGUUUAAGUGAAUCUUUCUCCAGAGGUACGUAGCGCUUAUUUUGGUAAUUUUUUAAAAAUUCUUUGAAUAUGUUAUUUUAAUGACAGUACGAAUAGAUACGUGUGGACAUUUAGGUCUGAAGUGGACCAGAAGCUGAUUUCGUCUUGUUUACAUUUGAAUUAAUUCGCCCCAAAUCAGGGUUUUGAAUCUGCAUAAUCAUGAUAAUUAUAAAUAUAUCACCGACAUUUCGGUUUCAGAGUUCACAUUUGUGUUUGUGAUGUAAUGUGCAUAUUGCUGUGGCUGAAACAGGCCUCUUGAAACUGUGGUAGUUUUUUUCUUUUCUGACGAUGAGUUUUACAUGUUUUUAACUCGUACCUAGUUUAUAAAGGAUAAACAAUACCUGUAUUUAAUCAUCUUCCAAGAUAAUAAGUGACAAAAAAGUGGUUAUAAUAAGUUAAAUUAUUUUAGCUAUAUUGUCUGAGACUUAAUUGACACCUGAAUAAGGAACUCUCCAUUCAGGUAAAAACCUUCUCAUACCUGAGGGUAUUUCAGACGUCAUCACUCCCACCUGAUGACAAAGCUACUCGUCUUUUAUCGUAACGAUUUUGAGCCGUCGUUAAAUAUUUGCGUGUUCACACAACACGAGGGGAUGGAGUCAAAACUGUUGCAGCAAAGUGUUUACGGGCACGACCAGCCUCUUUGAAGUCGGAUGCUGGUUUGAGUAGGACACCUAACCUCUAAAUAUUUCUGUGUAUUUGCUCAACAACUAACAAACUGGGGCUGUUCGGUAACAGUGCGCUGCAGUGUGAGCGCGGGGCAGAGUUCUCCGAGAAAACGGUUUUAAAUGGUUCCUCCACCCUGAGUAAAUAAAGGUGAAGUAAAACGAUUGGUGGCUCUGUCCUUUUAUAUUUUAAACAUGUUAAUGGAACAUCAAGGGUAUGUGUGUUGUAUUAAAGUGUUUUUUUUCUUAAUCUAUUAAAUCUUGAAUCUUUUGAGGCAUCUCAA